AUGCCGCUUCGGAUCACGACAUGGAACGGUAUCACGGCCGUAACCCUCCCACGCGCCAGAACCAAACUGACCAGCUUGCAGGCCAUGUUUGACACGCUGGAAGCCGACAUUGUGGUGAUGCAGGAGACCAAAAUCCAGAGAAAAGAUCUCAGGGACGACAUGGUUUUGGUCCCCGGCUGGGACGUGUUCUUCAGUCUUCCAAAGUACAAAAAAGGAUACUCUGGCGUGGCCAUUUAUACACGCUCCUCGAAAUGCUGCCCAAUCCGUGCAGAAGAAGGCAUCACCGGCACGCUCUGCCCCCCGAAUUCCUCGACCAAGUUCCAGCACCUGCCUGUUGACCAGCAGAUUGGCGGGUACCCGACCCCCGGGCAACUUUCAGACUAUGUUGACGAACCAACCCUCGAUUCUGAAGGUCGUUGCGUUAUCCUAGAGUUCCCCGCCUUCGUUCUCAUUGGGGUUUACAGCCCUGCGACCCGGGACGAGACGAGAGACGAGUUCCGCCAGGCCUACAUCAAUGCCAUCGACGUCAGGGUUCGCAACCUUGUUGCUAUGGGAAAACAGGUUUUUCUCUGUGGUGACCUCAACAUCAUCCGCUCUGAGCAAGAUACCGCCGGCUUGGCAGAGCGCCUGCGGAAGGAGGAGAUGACACUCGACGAUUUCUUCUCCACCCCCUCUCGGUGCUUUUUGAACCACAUCGUGUUUGGAGGGCACGUCGCUGGGGAGAGAGAGGAAGGCAGGGAAGAGCCCGUGCUCUGGGAUCUCUGCAGAGAGUUCCAUCCUACCCGCCCCGGCAUGUACACCUGCUGGGAUACUAGGAAGAAUGCACGGCCGGGCAACUUUGGGAGCCGGAUAGACUACGUGCUUUGCAGCUCCGGAAUCAAGGAUUGGUUCAUUGACUCCAACAUUCAAGAAGGCCUGCUAGGCUCAGAUCACUGUCCCGUAUACGCUACUAUUGACGACACUGUCGAUGUUAAUGGCACCAAGGUCUGCAUUGAGGAUCUCAUGAACCCCGCAAACAUGUUCAAGGAUGGCAAACGCCAGCGGGAAUGGUCACCAAAGGAUCUGCUUCCAGCCUCAGCCAAGCUUAUCCCCGAGUUCGACCGCCGACGAAAUAUCCGGGACAUGUUUUCCAAGAAAGCUGCACCACCUUCAAAGGCGGAUUCCAGCCUCGCUACGCCUGGCUCUCAGGAGACACCCCGCGUCGCUGAUACCGCACUCAAUGAAGGGAACAGUAACGUGUCCCGGAUAGCAAACGUUGUUUCCAUGCCGCAGUCUUCAAGUCAACCUGUGGGGCUGGCCGCAGCCACCAACACGAUGACAUCGACUAGCAUCACAUCCACCUCUCCGCAAAAGCCACCCUUACCGAAACGGCAGGCAGAAUCCUCAAUAUCUCCAAAGCGGCCCCAAAAGAAGGGCAAAGCGACACUCAGCAGAGAUAACUCGACAAAGUCAACACCAGGCUUCGGGCAAAGUAGCUUGAAAGGGUUCUUCAAGCCCAAAACACCCACACCAGAUACCACACCGACUGUCGAGAACCAUAGCGUCGUUGGUACCCCCACCGCCUCAAACAAAAGUGCUACAGCACGAACAUCUGGGGAACGACGCGGGCCAGACGAGCCAAGCAGCACGGCCGCCCUCGAAAACGACACCCAGAACCCAAUUGAGGAAAGCCCCAAACCACAAAGCUUCUCCCCUGAGAAAGUGUUCGAUCCCAUCGAGGCAAAAGAGUCCUGGUCCAAGCUGCUUGGCAAACGGGUCCUGCCCCGGUGUGAACAUGGCGACAAAUGUCAGACGCUGGUAACUAAAAAACCCGGCGUCAAUUGCGGCAGAUCCUUCUUCAUGUGCGCGCGCCCGCUGGGCCCCUCGGGGGACAAAGAACAAGGGACCGAGUUCCGCUGCCGUACCUUCAUCUGGAGCAGCGACUGGAACGGCCGCCCGUAA